CCAAAUUAGAUCAAGAGCAUUCCCAAAUAUCCAUUCUAAUCCCCUAAAUUAAGCCCGCCAUCUAUUGAGCGCCAGCUCGAAUCCCGUCCUCCCCCGCUGUCUCCCCCCGUCACCUCUAAUAAAAAACGAAACACUAACCCUAACCCUAGAAAUUUGAACGCCUUCGAGAAUACCAAUCCCUUGUCUUUCCAAUGCACGGCUUCGAUCGGGGCUUCCCGGACGGGCUCCGCCCCUACGAUGGCGGCGCGGUGGAUGACGGCCGGGGGCUGGCGGUCGUGAGCGGGAAGGCCUACAGCGCGGGUCAUACGAAUAUCCGCCGCCUGCCUCCACCGCCGGGGGCACGGUGGCGGGCGGUCGGGGGCGGGGGAUCCCUAACGACGUCGUCGGGGCCGGCGCCGUGGUGGGCCGCCGAGGCGGAGGCGAAGCGGCAGCGGAGGGUGGCGCGGUACAAGAUCUAUGCGGUGGAGGGCAAGGUCAAGGCCUCGAUCCGCAAGGGCUUCCGGCGGGUCAAGGCCCUCGUUCGGGGCUGGUGAGGGGGCGGCGGCGGCCGCGAUCUCGCCGGAGAGGGGGCCGAGGACAUUUUGCUUUUAUUAUGACCGAAAUGACCUCGCUGGAAUCGUUUUAUUACGUCUCCGUCCGCAGGAGGCCGGUCACCGGAGUUGAUGCCCGAGAUUGGAAGCAUUGGAUGGAUGGCGGAGAUUGGGAUGGAUGGCAUGGGUGUGAGAUGGGGGGCUUCUUUCGGUCGGCUUGGGUUUGUUGUGGAUUAUUUUACCGUUAUUGUCACAUUCUUUAAUUUAUUUGUUCGAUAAAUAUUUUAAAAUGUCCAUCU